AUGAUCGCAAAGGUUGUCAUCUUCUGCGCUGCACUCGCAGCUGCACAGGCCUCCCUCGUUGGACCUUUGGGAUUGAGUGCUCCUUUUCUGGCUGCUGGACCCCUAGGUAUCGGAAAAGGAUUGGUCGCCGCUGUCCCAGCAGUUGCUACCGUUUCCAGUCAAAGAACCGCCAUCAACCAUGUUGCCUCUACCGCUGCUGCUCCUCUUGGAUACGGUGCUCCCAUUGCUGCUGCAGCACCCAUCGCCCUCGCCAACGGUCUUGUUGCCGGUAAUGGUCUCAUCACUGGUAAUGGAAUCCUAGCCAAUGGUCUGGCUGCUCCCGUUGCCACAGUCUCCACCCAAAGAACCGCCAUCAACCACGUAGCCCCUGCCGCCCGAAUUGCCGCUCCUAUUGCUGCUGCUGCACCCGUCGCCCUCGCUAACGGACUUGUAGCCGGCAAUGGUGUCAUCACUGGUAAUGGAAUCCUAGCCAAUGGUCUGGCUGCUCCCGUUUCCACAGUCUCCACCCAAAGAACCGCCAUCAACCACGUAGCUCCUGCCGCCCGAAUUGCCGCUCCUAUUGCUGCGGCUGCACCCGUCGCCCUCGCUAACGGACUUGUAGCCGGCAAUGGUGUCAUCACUGGUAAUGGAAUCCUAGCCAAUGGUCUGGCUGCUCCCGUUGCCACAGUCUCCACCCAAAGAACCGCCAGCAACCACGUAGCCCCUGCCGCCCGAAUUGCCGCUCCUAUUCCGGCUGCUGCACCCGUCGCCCUCGCUAACGGACUUGUAGCCGGCAAUGGUGUCAUCACUGGUAAUGGAAUCCUCGCCAACGGUCUUGCUGCUCCCGUUGCCACAGUCUCCACCCAAAGGACCGCCAUCAACCACGUAGCCCCUGCCGCCCGAAUUGCAGCUGCUGCUCCCAUUGCUGCAGCUGCACCUAUCACUCUUGCUAACGGACUUGUCGCUGGUAAUGGUCUCCUUGCCAAUGGUGUCAUCGCAGGUAAUGGAAUUCUCGCCAACGCACUUGUCGCUGGUCAUGGUCUUGCUGCUCCCCUCUCCAUUGGAAAUGGUCUUCUCGGAGCCCCAUAUGGUCUCGGAGUCGGAAAGCUCGGAGUUGCUGCACCCCUCGGUCUUGGUCUUGGAAAAGCCAUCUUGUAA